CCACCUCGCUUCGAACUCAGUCCGCCUGCCUCGCCUACAUACCCCAACGAAACCCUACGAUGAGCGCUAACCCCAAACGCCGCAUCGAAACCGAUGUCAUGAAGAUGAUGAUGUCUGAUCUGGAGGUCAGCUUGGUCAAUGACAAUAUGCAGGAGUUCUACGUUCGCUUCUAUGGACCCCCAGAGACUCCCUUCGCUGGUGGUGUCUGGAAGAUCCACGUCGAGCUCCCAGACCAGUACCCGUUCAAGUCACCCAGCAUCGGAUUCAUGAACAAGAUCUUUCAUCCUAACAUCGACGAACUGAGCGGCUCUGUCUGCCUCGACGUUAUCAAUCAGACGUGGUCGCCUAUGUUUGAUAUGAUGAACAUCUUCGAGACUUUCCUUCCUCAACUGCUGCGGUACCCAAACCCGAAUGACCCUCUGAACGGUGAGGCGGCAGCUCUGCUUAUGCGCCAUCCGAAGGAGUACGAUGCCAAGGUGAAAGAGUAUGUGCAGCGGUUUGCUACGAAGGAGGCUGCGGAUAAUGCUGCUGGUGGUGAGGAAGAGGAGCCAGACGCGGAGAUGAGUGACAUUGGGAGCAUCAGCGGGGAUGAGAUGGAGGCAUGACCGCUGACUCUCGUUCCUCUAAUCUCUGACCCGUCACGUCUGCUCACGAUCUCACAUCCUUUGUUAGUUUCGCCCCAUCCUUGCAUUUCCUAAGCCCCCAUCUACCUGAUCCAACCGUUCUCACUGUAAUUAUAUAGAAUCCACACCCCUCGGGAGGCGUUCAUACUGUCCCCUCAGCCUUCUCUCCCCUUCCUGAUCCCCUCAUCUCGCUCUCCCGUUCUCUCUGUUAUUUGGACACAUGUUUUCUGCUUGUAUGUAAAUCUCAUUGGCUUCCUGCAUAUCACCCGUAGCUUGAUCAACCACCCUCUACCCCAUGUUUCGCAUCGUCUCUUUCAUCUCUGUUUAGUUAUGAUCGGUAUCGCCGAGUUUUCUCCUCUAUGUACUCAUAUAAUGGGCGACCGUGUCGUGUGGAAUAGCAUGCUUUUUAUGAUGUUACAAGCGAUCAAGUGGGGGGAAAGGCGCAAUCGAGAAGAUGAAGCUGAUAAGUUAUUUCAAUGUACAAUACAAAAAGCCCUGAUCAACUUUGCGAACCCGCAGGUGUUGAAGGUGAGGAUUCCAUCGGGGUGGACGGGAUGAGUUCAUCGACCUUUUUCCGGAUAUCCAUAGCGGACUUGACGAGCAAGUCGAUCUGUGCCUUCACGCUGUCUGCGGUGGCGGCAUUGGCCUUGCUCUCUUUCAGGAGCUCUUCUUUCUGCUGUGUGAGUUCCUUCACUCUACGGUCUAACCUCUGGCGUUCAACGAGCUCAAAGCUGAGUCUGUUCAGCAUCAGCUGGUGAUGAUUAGACAUCACGUCCUGCGAAUGGGCCUCGGGUGGUGCCCGAACCACGAAUUCGUCAAUGGUAUACAUGGGGAUGUCCUGGUAAAUCGAAGCGAAUUGUCGACAUUUCUCGAUCUCACGUUCCAGGUGUCGUUUCUCGUAUUGCAAGUUCUGGAGACCCAAGUGGGUCUGGUCCAUGUCAUGGCGAGCGUCCGCGGUGGCCUGCUUGUGGUUGCGUGUGGCGCUGUUCGCCGCUCGGUUGAGCGCUUUGAGGCGGGCGAAGAGUGCGCCUGCGCGUAUGUGCACGUCUGAGGCAUCUUUCGUAGACGGUGUGAUAGAUACGAGCUCUCUGAGGUCGUGGAGGGCAUCGUCCGGGCAGGGUGGGAGAGCACUCUGGUCGUUGGCCAUUGGAAC